AUGUCUUAAUAAGUACAUUUUAUUCAUUAUUUAAGAAUAAUAAAACAUUAAAUAAUUCAUAUUCUGUUUCACUUCAUUAAUCUAAAUAAACUUUUAACAAAAAGAAUAUUUCAAAAGUAGAUAUGUAAAAAUUUCUAAAUCAAUAAUAGAGAAACUCCACUUGAAGAUCCAAAAAGCUAAUUGAUUAGUUCCAAACCUAGGAGUGAAUAUCAAAUAAAGAAAUUUUCAAUUGAUGACAGAAAUAAAAUUACAAAUUUUCUUAAUGCCAUAGAUGAUUAUAUAAAAUAGUUAAAUGAGAAUUCAGAUUGUCAUACAGUAACAUCAGAUUCUUAAAGUAAAUUAGAGAAUAUGUUGAUCCUUAAAUAUAAUAUUAUCCAAAAAUAAUAAGAAUAAUUAAAAAUUAAAUACAAAAAAUUACAAUAAAAUUAUGCAGUUGAAAAUUAAGAAAAUUAGACUCUUAAAAAUAAAUUAUUUGAUUUGCAUAAUCAAUUGUAAGAAUUAAAGAAGAAAAAUUAUAUAUAACAAUUAAUUUUAGAUAAGUAGAAAUAAUAAAAUAAAGAAUUGAAAUUGAAAUAUCAAUAUUUAUAAAAUUCUUAUAUAAAAGAAAAACUGAAGUAUGA